AACUAGAUGAAUGCAUAUGUUAAUGAAGAUGAAUGCAGUCAUAUUCAUGCUGUACAACAAACUAAAAACAAUCACAAUUGCUGAUUUUCUACUUGAGCUUGUUUCCUUGAGUCACACGCCCAUCUUCACCAAGCUUAUUUGGUUGAAUCAAUAAAUCAAUUAUUAUAUAGCCUUGAGGAACACAUGCUUCUUAUUUCCUUACAUGAAAUACGUCUUCUACUGAGGUGAUGGGCCCAGGCCAGGCUAUUAAAACAUUUUCUCUUAGAUUCAUUCCACCCACAAGUUGUACCAUCAAACUUUUUGGUCCAAUCAAAAUUUGAAUUCCUGCUUUCCUUAUACAGUUAUACACAUUAUAGGAUCACGCUGCUUAAGAAAGCGAGAUUUGCAUCUCAUCUUUGCAUCUCAUUUUUUUUUUUCUUUAUAAAAUAAAAGUAAAAAUAUCAAGCCAUGGCUCAUCUCAGCCUGCUGUCAACCAGCAUCCCAAACUUUACUGCUUCUCCAAUCCAUAUUUCAAGGAGUGGGAAGAGUACUUGUCAGUUGCUUACGCCAUCUGAUUCUACUCGGCUUCCUUAUCGUCAGUACAACAGAAUAAGUAACAAGUUCAGUAUUACCACUAAGAGAUCCAAGACUGUAUCUGUCUAUAGCACUGAGAAAAACAUUAAAUCACCAAAUCAACAGGAAUUUGAGCUUGAAAAUGAAGCUGCAAUGAGAUCAGGAGACAAGUUUAAAUGGUACGAUCAGUGGUGUCCGGUAAUGCCUGUAUGUGAUUUGGAUAAAAGGAAGCCUCAUGGUAAAAGGGUGAUGGGUCUUGAUGUGGUGGUUUGGUGGGAUAGGACUAAAUCUGAGUGGAAAGUUUUUGAUGAUUUAUGUCCCCAUCGCUUGGCUCCUCUAUCUCAAGGCCGCAUUGAUCAGUCUGGGAGGCUUCAGUGUGUGUACCAUGGCUGGUGUUUCGAUGCCUCUGGUCAUUGCAAACUUAUACCACAAGCUCCUCCUGAUGGCCCCCAGGUGCAUUCAUUCACAAAAGCGUGUGUAGCUGUAUAUCCAAGCACGGUGCAGAAUGGCAUUGUUUGGUUUUGGCCAAAUUCUGAUCCUGAAUUUAAGGACGUUCUUCAGAAGAAAAGGCCUCCCUUUUUUCCUGAGCUUGAUGAUCCCUCUUACUCCCAUUUAAUAUCUAACAGAGAUAUCAACUAUGGGUAUGAAUUUCUCAUUGAAAAUCUUAUGGACCCUGCUCAUAUUCCUUACGCACAUUAUGGUAUACUGGAAGCGACACUUACUGAUCUCAGUGUUGAUAAAGAAGGUGGGAAACCACUUAACAUGGGAGUGAAACACUUGGACAUCAAUGGUUUCUCAACGAAGCUAGAUUGGGGUGGAACGAGCAGGUUCUUAGCACCUUUCGUUUAUUAUGUUUACCCAAAUCCAUCUCCUUACAAUGGCAAUGGACCUUUGUCAUCAGUAGUAGUGGCUGAUGAGGACUCAUCACCGGCUGAACCAUCCCAGAAAAGAGCUAUUCUGAUAUUUCUGUGCGUUCCCAUCAGUCCAGGCAAAAGCCGAUUGAUAUGGUCAUUUCCAAGAAAUUUCGAGGUUUGGAUGGAUCAAAUCAUCCCUAGAUGGGUGUUCCAUCUCAAGGAAAACUUGGUUCUUGAUUCUGAUCUAUAUCUUCUUCACUUAGAGGAACGGAAAACAAAGGAGCUUGGCCCAAUUAACUGGCAUAAAGUUUGUUAUGUACCAACAAAGGCAGAUGCUCUUGUUGUCGCGUUUAGAAGGUGGUUCAAUGAAUAUUCAGAAGGUCAAGUGGAUUGGGGUUCCAAAUUCAAUGGAGGUGCUCUUCCCCCAACUCCUCCACGGGAAGAGUUAAUGGACAGGUAUUGGACUCAUGUGGUGAACUGUUCGAGCUGUAAUGCUGCGUAUAAAGGGUUGAAUUUAGCAGAGUUAGCGCUGCAGGUGAUGGCAUUUGGCCUAAUUGGCGUUGUUGGACUAACCAAGCAGGGUAUGAUGACCACGGUUCAGCGGAGUGGUGUGUUCCUGAUGGCCAUCCUGUGCUUUGCAACUUCAAAAUGGUUGUCUGUUUUCAUUUACAAAAAUUUUCGCUAUCAUGAUUAUAACCAUACAGUUGAAUGAGCAUCUUUGUAACAAUAUAUGUAUGGAGUAAUUAUUGUAUGAACAAUUUAAAUCUAUCAUUUGACAUAAUAAAGUUUAAAAAAUAGCUG